AUCAAACAUUUCCGAUUCGUAUAAAGACAAUUAUAUUUUCACCAUAUGUAAAUAUUUUUAUAGUACGGAAUGCGUAGAGUACUCAAUUACCUUGAAACACUUCGAAAAGUGCGCCCCAAACCUUGUGUCGAAACCAUUGUCACCGCCAACUCAAUUGGCAAGAAAAACACUUCAUCCGGACACAAGCGCAUCACAGCUGGGAAAAUAUCCGGAUCACAGGCCGCCGAUGAGCGCUGGCAGAAUUUGAAACGUGUUCUACUCACAUGCGGGGGUCACCAGGAGCCAGAGGCAGCCAUGCACUUGGGGGGCUUUGAUGGAGAGGUCCUGGUAGAUGUACUGGAGGUGCAGCGUUUUGUGAGCGAUGUUUUCGCGGCCAUGGACGUGCCCGAUGAUGCGGCAAGCGAAAUGGCCGAUGCUCUCAUUGCUGCCGACUACAUGGGGCAGCGCAGUAUGGGAAUUCAUCGACUGCCAGCCAUUGCAGCCGAUCUGCUCAACUUAACGGUCGACCCCCGCAUGCAGCCAAAGUUACUAAGUGAGCGCGAUGCGCUGGCUCUUGUGGAUGGCCAGAAUGCACCCGGGCCGGUGGUGGCCAAUUUCUGCAUGGAUUUGGCUAUACGCAAGGCGCGGAAUCAGGGUAUUGGAUAUGUGGCAGCUCGUCGCUCAAACACUAUUGGAAUGGCAUCAUGGUACACCUGCCAGGCGCUCUCGCAUCGCAUGAUCGGCAUCUGCAUGUCAAAUGGUCCACCCAUCCUUGUGCCCUGCGGUGGGUCUGAGCCGCUGCUGGGUGGGAAUUCAAUUGCCUGUGCGGCGGGCAGUAAGCAGGAGCAAUUCCUUAUGGACCUGGGAAUGUCCGCUUAUCCCAUUGAGCAACUGCAGCUGGAGUACUCCAAUGGGUAUUUGCGCCAGCUGCCCGAUGAUCUGGCAUUGGAUAGCAGUGGUAAGCCCACAAACUGUGCCGCGGAGGCGCUGCGUGCUCAGCGCCUGCGUCCUUUCAACCCCGAGCACAAAGCCUUCGGUCUGGCUGCCAUGGUGGAUAUACUUUGUGGGGUUAUGACAGGGGCCUGCUAUGCAACGCAUUUACGCCAUCGCAGCUUGUUUAGCUCUGACAACGAGUUGGCUGAUCUAGGCCAGGUCUAUAUAGCUAUUGAUCCAAUGCGCUUUUGUGUGUCUUUUGAGGAACGGCUUGCUGACUUCCAUCAGCUGCUGCGCAAUGUUAUACCCUGCGACCCAAUGCAACCUCCAUUGAUACCUGGUGACAAGGAGUUGCAGCAUAUGCAAAUGGUUGACGAUCAAGGUGGAUUAAUUCUGUCACCUAGUACGCUCAGCGUCAUACAGGAGCUUGGCGAACGUUUUAACAUAGAUCCUCUUAAUCAUAAACAGAGUUUAAAGUAAAUUUCUUAUGAGUGCUGAAGGCUACAUCAAGUGUUGCAUGAACAGA